UGGGCUCCAUGAAAUUUUGUUUCGCUUUCAAAAGUUGUUCUCUUGGGCAAAGUUUUUAAGAUUAUUCGAAAUGGCGGAUCCUGGCAUGGCGGUCAAUUCAGCUGCCCGUGUAUGGGCCCCAUUUCGGGAGCUUAAUGACAUAGUGGAAUCAGCAGUGACUCGACGACAGCCAGGAGCAUUACAUGACCUGGAAGUUGCACUCCGCAAACAUAAACCAGAUUUUAUCGGUCUCUUAAAGAAACCUGGUAAAAACACUGCUCAUCGUGAACUGGUCAGAAAGUCCAAUGUGGAGGGUAUUCCUGUUCUCGGGGAACAGAGGAGACAGACUUUCUCCCAGCAGUUCAUUGCAGAAACUUUUAUCCUGAGUGACCUUUUUGAACUCAAUGAACUAGCAGCAGUUGAACUGUUGAUGGCAGGGGAGCAGCAGCUUCCCAACUAUCCUGGACUGACUAGAGGCCUGGUGGCAGUUCUCCUAUAUUAUGACGGUCAGAGAAGCUUAGUGACUGCCCUGAGAGCGCUGGCUCAAGCAAGAGAAGGGCGGACAUGGACGGUGGGGGUAACACAGGAGAUGCAGUCAGUUAUUGAUGUUUUCAUCACUGAGCUGUUACAAGCUGGACUUGUUGGUACAAUAUUGAAUGCCAUUAAGUCCAUGGAUCUUGUGAAAGAGCUUGACAGACUUCAGAAAGACAGAGCACUUGGUCCACCCAAACAUAGGAAACAGGUCACAGAUCUGUAUGUUGAAGUACGACAAACACUUGGAGACAUACUGUUCUGUUUAGCCUGCCAGCGACCUUUGAACAUGAUUGAUACCCAACGGCUCAUUGCACAUCUACGUCAGGAAAAAUCGCUCCAGGCAAAUGAAACAUUGGACUCUGUGACCCUGAGUCUUCUUAUGACUCUGUGGUAUUGUUUUGAUGUCAGUUUGUUACAGAGAGAAGAUUCUGAAGAAGUUCUGUCCAAGCUUCCAGUGUUUAGUCAACCAGAUUACAUGCAAGCAAUACACAAAGAAUUGGUGAGUGACACCACUUGGGAGAUGCCAGGGUUGAAGGCUGCGGCCCAGUUCAGUUGGGCCAUCCUUCUUCGUCAAACAUCACAGUUUAAUGUUGCCAGUGGAGGACCAAACGGAGGUAGUGAUUUUUUUGAAGAUGAUGAACGUCUGGUAGAUGUUGCCAUGAAUGCGAACCUGUUCUCAUUUUUGAGCCUGUCCCUGGUCUCCUGUUCAAACUUUCAUUCUGAGGAGUUCUACUUGAGAAGGCUGCAUGGACUUAUUUCAGAUUUCAUUUACCAAAUGCCAUUAAAGACCAAGGAGCUUCGUAACCGUGGUGAUGAGAUAAGCCGCAUUAUUUUAGCCCAUCAGGCAGAAGGUUUGGAACCACCUCAACAGAGGAGAGAUCUGCAAGAAUUCAUGACUUUGAUUGGAGACAUCUACAUGAAGGACCCACUCAAUCUUCAGUUAGCUCUAGAGUACUGGUGUCCACAGGAGGCUGGGGCAGGAGAUGUUACCACUGUUUACAGACUUGACCCCAAGCAGAUUGCAUUGUUUAAGUUUGUUCGUGUCUCUGGAGAUCUUCUUCCGGCUCCUCUGUAUCUGCCAUACAUUCACAUGCUGACUGGACUGGCUACAGGCCCUCAAUGUGCACACCACUGUUUCAAUCUGUUGAGGGUCAAUGGUGGUCAGGCUAACCCUGUAUCCUGGGACCACAUCUUUGGUUCACUGCACCAGUACUACACCAGUCUGAGGCAAGAGGUCUUCGCAAAGACUGACAUAGUGGGAGUCCCUCAUCGCCUGGCUUCACCCCGAUGUAUGACACCACAAGAACUGGAGGCUGUCUGCGCUGUGCUGAAGCUGACAAAACACAUUGCAAAUUUGAAUGAAACUUGCAGGUCAGCAUUUUGUGAAAACCAGCAGUGGUCUGUGGUCAUGGUCCUCUUUGGCUUGCUGACUUGCAGUGUGAACAUCCAACUGAAGGGAGAACUGUUAAGUACAUUGGCUUCCAUAGCCCAGACUCCAGUCUUUGCUGCCACCAUUUGGCAGAUAUUGGAAUCAUCCCAGAUUCUACAGACUCUACCCACAUCUCGGGAUCAGUCAACUGGGAUCAAGGUUGAAUUAGAAGAGGUUGAAAGCCGCCACGAGGAGUUUCCUUUGUCCAGAGGUUUCUUAGAGCUGAUGACUUCACUCACUCAGUUCCCUGUCCCCAUGGGACUUGGCGCAGGGACUCGAUCACCUGGGUUUGAUCCUUACCUGGAUUUCAUUCUCAACUCUUUGCUUCUUAAAUACAAUGCAAGGGCUUACAAAAUGGCAGAAGAAAAGUGGAAGGUGGUGUCUGGUUGUCUGAGAGUCCUUGUGAAGCUCCUGUCCGACUAUGAACUGAACAAUGAAGACCUGCUUCCUGACACUGUUGAUGUCCCAGGUCUGGGAGUUGUACCUGCCAGCAAACAGCCUGGCUUCACUCUGUUGUGUCUGCUGCUCACAGACUCCCCACUCUUUAAAACUGUUCAACUUAUCUUAGAGGAGGCCCUUCGUCAAUUUGAACAGUUUGUUUCUUUCCCUGGUAAAGACUAUUUAGAGGAGGUGUCUCUCCUGUGUCUACAGCUACUAGAAGAAGCAGCUGAUAGACAAGAAUCUCUGGAGAAGAGAAUUAGAGAGACAGCAUCUCCGCUCCUGGUGUCCAGUUUAGAGAGACUUCUUCUGGCCAUCAAUCCUAGAACAAAGAAAGCAGACUACUUGAUCAACAUUACAAAGUUUGUUAUCUUCAACACAUUCCUUCCCAAACAUACCCUGUCAGCCGUGAGGAUCCUGUGUCAUGUUUGCGCUGAGUUCUCCUCCCAAUCUGACAUUGUGAACCUUUUUACAGCGGAUAAAAGAGUCAGUGCUGAGCUGCUUCAUGGCUUUGUCGAAUGCUUAGACUCCAGCACUGUUGAAAUCAAGCAAGAAAGAAAUUUUUUCCUCUUGACAGAAGAAGAGAGAUCAGAACUGAAAGAGCCCCCAAUACAAAACUCUAUCUGUGAACAUAUCAUACAGCUAAUGUUGAUGUCCUUGGAUCAAGCUGCCCCAAAUCUAGCUCAUUGGCUUCUGGGAUUUCAGCUACAGAAGCCCGUGGUUAAGACCACAUUACAAGAUCCUGGUGUGUUGGACUCUCCCAAGACCUGCUUACAUUCCAUCCUGACCUUACUAGAACAAGGUCUUGGCUCCAGAGAAGGUCCGACCUGCCUACUAGAUAGACCAAGACUAGCCGAGCUUGGAUUCCACCUGAUAUAUGCCUUGUGUGCCAAUAAGGACACGUCAUCUCCCACGCUGAGAUAUUUGAGGACAACUCAUGAUUUCUUGUUCCGACAGCUGCAUCACUUGCCCUUGGAUAGUAACAAAUUGGAAAUCAGUGUCUCAGAUCAUCAAGCCUGGCUGUUGAAGACAAUCGCCCUGGAACUUAGAAUGACAUCCGUCAACAGACAACGUUCUCACACUCAGAGAUUAGUUCAACUUUUGUUAGGAGAUGAAGAGCAAGAGAUUUGUAGCAGCGUACACCCUGGAGAAGACAGUGAGUUAGGAGUUGCGGAAAGAGAAUCUUUGCUGUCAGUCACACAUACCAUCACAUCAUUGAACACAGGGAAACAAUUCAGACAAAGGCUUUUAGGAAUUCUGGACACGAUUUCAUUUGAGCAGAGCUACCCGAGCCCACUUCAUGUAAAUUUCUUUGACAAGGCUCAGAUAGAGGCACUGGUCAGGAGUCUGGAGACCAGGGCUAGAGAUGGAGUGACCUACUGUGAUGUUAGAGCUUUGAGACAAGUCUUACUGACAGAACUGGCCAAUCAACAAGGUCCAAUGGUAGCUGGACAGAGGCCUCACAUAAUGGAGGAGAUUCAAAUGGUGUUGGAGACAGUUGUAGCUCACAAUGAAGUCAGAGAGGCUCUGCAGAGAAAGAAGAGAGCAUUUGAAUCCUGGCGACAAGUUGUGGAGGUUCUUCUAACGUCUGUACCUCAGGACUUGCUCAGUGGGGAGCGCCGUCAAGCCUUGUUGAUUGACUUAUUGCAAGAACUAUUACUGAAGGUUACUGGGGAUGAUGUCAGCUUUGAAGCAUCAUCUCUUGUCUCAGACGUCCUCCUGACACUCAUGGCUAACCUCAGACACUGCUUCCUGCCUUCGUCCAACAUCCCAGACAGCUCCUCUCAUCCCUUCUGGAUGAGCUCAAACGCAGGCUCAAGAAGUAGUGUCUCAACAUCCUUGCAGAUUGUUCUGAGGGGCAUCAUUGAUUAUAUACAGAAAUCUAGUGGAGGCACUCAGAAAGUUCGAGUCAACUUGUAUGGAGCUCUGUUAUACUGUCUGCAGAUAGCUCAGAAACCUCAAGCGGUGCAAGACACCUAUGCUGCUGGCUCAGUAGGAAUGGAAAAACUGUUGGUGAGAGACGAUUCAGACUAUGAGAAAUUAGCCACAGAAUACAUGGAUACCAUCACGUCCUACGGCAGCAGCUUCAUGGAAACUUUGAGCCGCGAUGCCUGCGAUGGACAUCAUGUUGGGCGAAUGUUAUCUCUGUCUGUGCUUGACACUAUCAUAUCCAUGGAUCACCAGCACACCUGGCUCAGCUUCCUGUGUGGUCGUGGAUAUCUACAACACUUAGUGGACUCUGUGGCAUCAGAAGAUGAUGGUCAGCUGCUGGCUAUACUUUCACCUCAUCCGGCCAAUCUCAGAGCACUCUACAUUUUUCAGUCGAAAAUGGCGUUACUGACCAGAGUAGCAGAAAUGCCUGACGGUGCUCGUACAUUGUUACAUGGUGGAGCCUUGGAGAAACUAGCUUCCUGUUCAGUGCUGAGUCUUCGCCCAGAAGUGGAUGACUAUUUACAACACAUUGAUGAUGAGGAUGAUGAUCUAAUACCCAGCCCUCUAGCUAGAUAUCGCUUGUUGCUGUUGGCUGUCCUACGUUUCUGUCUAGCCUUGUUGACCUCACUAGGUGGUGAAAACAAGGAAGCUGCCACGCAGGUGAUGCUGUUGAUUAUCUCCCAUGGGGACAUCUUUACCUCCAUCUUGAGAAGUAGGAAGCCAACUUUGAGUGAAGCUUUUCUUUUAGAACUUAGUCUUACAACAGCUGUCAUCGCCAGGGCUAACUAUCACAGAGAACUUGGAGCAGAUUUAUUAGAGCAUGACACUGCCAAUAUGGAGUUUAAAUCUCUCCGCAUGAAGCUGCAGGAUCAGAUGCUUGCCCUGUUACCUCACUAUGUGACACCAGAGACAGUUGCCAAGCAACUGAAGAGUCGUGUCACCUCCCCCAACAGUGCCAGUUCUCACACAGAGGAUGAUAAUGCGGCUCGUAUUCUCCACCUUUACCAAGAAGUGGCCUGCAACUUGACAGCAUAUUGUCGCAGCCUUAUUGCUGAUAUAGGCAACAGCAGUAUGAACCAACACUUAGUAUUUGGUCCUAGUCUAGAGGAAGUCAGUCUUAGAGAAGGAAGUAAAUUAGAUGACAUGUCAGUGACACUUGGCGUCGGCCGGAGGCUUGGACUAGGUGUGAUAGUCUUGUUGCUGCAGCAGUCUGCUCGUCACUUCAACGUAGUCUACGACUCCUAUCAUCAGCUGACCUACAAACUGAAAAAAUUACCAGAGUUGACAGCAGAGGAUCUGAAGCAGCUAUGUGGUGACCUGUCCAUUGAGAAGUUGUCCUCUCAACAGCGGCAGGACUUGGCCAAGUCUCGUCUUGUCCAGCUUGUCUCCCAGAAAUCACAGCACCUUCAGCACUAUGUUUAUAUUGUAGAAAAUUGUUUGUAUAUAAUUUGGCGCCAUCUGGAGUUUUUCCUGGUUCACUGCAUUCCUGCUGACCAGUCUUCAAUGUCCACUCCUAGUUUCUUAAGGCACAGAACAGGCAUCAGAAAAUUAACAGGUGUCUCUGAUUCAAUGCUGGAUGACAGUGUGACUGGAGGAAGUCCAGUGGUGGGUCCAGGACUAAGUCAGGUGGCACUAGGAGUCUCACGUACCAAUAUAGAGCAGCUUAGAAGUGCAGCUCCCACAAUACUGAAUGACACUUUCUUUAAGAGAGUGCAGAAUGUUGACCAGGUCUAUGGCCAACACAGAACACAUUACAGUUUCUCUGAGGCAAUUACCAGGAGAAUUAAACGCGUUUUAAAACUUCACACAUUAUAGCCUGUCAUUAGCUUGUUGAAUUACAUUGGUCAUUGAUGGAACUAUGUAGCAGGACAGCUGAUUCAAGUCUAUUUUAAUCCAAGUGCAUCCAGACUUGAUGCCAGUCAAAUAUGUGUCUUAAGUCAAGUCUCAUAGAAACAUGCACCAAUCUGUAUAGUAUGUUUUAAAGUUGUAAGUCUGAAUGAAGAGAACCUGUUUCAAGUGUGUCUGUGUUUCAGGUGUACCUGUGAAUAUGUUACUUUGUAAAUGUUUGGAAUGUGAUUUUGUGAACUUCAUUUUUUUAAUUCAAUUAAACUUUAUGAACUCUAACAA